GCAACUAUGACUGAUGAGAGAACUAAAAUGAUAACACACAAGUAGGGGAAAAACAUAUUCUUUGCAGAUAUAAAUAACAAAUGCACUGAGGUGAGAUUGUUCUAAAACAGGACUAAAGUACAUCAUUGAAAUCACCAAGUUGCAGUCAAGGACCUAACAACCGAACAAACCAAAAAUACAAGGGCAACAGCUGGAAAGGAAUUUAAGGAAAACAGUUAAGCGCUGCUUUAUGUGGGGUUGCAUUUGUUUUACAUAUGUUUCAUAAAUACUGUUCCGGUGCUUGGAUAAUCACUUUGCCCAUUGUUCACAUACAUUGCGUCAAAGAUCACUAACCUUUCUACUAGAUGAGCACCAAACUGACAUAUGUAAAGAGUAGUGCUGCCUGAUGUUUUUAAAAAAGCUCCGCCUGGUGAAGUGAUAAGCGUGACAGACCUGCAGUUACAGUGAAGGCAGUCCCGAACUGGCAAUCACUCACACACGACCAAGUUAUCACGUCCCAUCCCCCACAGAGAGGGAAAAAGUGCCAAAUGAAAGUGCAACAUCUCGGGACCAUCACACUUCUGAAAGUGGGCUUGAAGGAAAAUCAGAAUGGACAGGGACACUCCAACGACCUCUUAGACAUCUGACGUACCUUCAGUCGCUGGUAUAUAUUAAUUCAGCUCGUCACUAGUCCCCAAUAUUCGCGGAACUACAGUACAGCACUGUGAUGUUAUGAGAAGUGCUGCACGCUUUAUUUGCUAUUAUGAUUCCUUCAGAUAACAGGAAUGCGGUUGCAGAUACUAAAAGCAGAGCACUAACUUGCAAAGGUCUGUAACAGUAUUUUUUCUCGGAAUGGAAAUCUUCAACAAUACAACAUUUUCAGACUACUCAUAUGGCAAAGAAAACAACACCAACUUUUCAGAGGUAACACUCAGUUACCAGAUCAUCACUUCAUUGUUUUUGGCUGUUCUCAUUCUCUGCGCUGUCAUCGGGAAUGCCUGUGUGAUUGCAGCAAUAGCACUGGAAAGGUCUCUUCAAAAUGUAGCCAAUUACUUAAUAGGGUCUUUGGCAGUGACUGACUUAAUGGUAUCGGUUUUGGUGCUACCUAUGGCAGCUCUCUACCAAGUCUUAAACAAGUGGACUUUAGGGCAGGUAACCUGUGAUAUUUUCAUUUCUUUAGAUGUACUGUGCUGCACCUCUUCCAUACUUCAUUUAUGUGCCAUUGCAUUGGACAGGUACUGGGCAAUAACAGACCCAAUUGACUAUGUAAACAAGAGGACCCCAAGGAGAGCUGCCAUUCUGAUUAGCCUUACUUGGUUAAUAGGAUUUUUAAUAUCAAUCCCGCCAAUGUUGGGAUGGAGAACUCCGGAGGAUAGAGCUAAUCCGGACGCAUGCACAAUAAGCCAAGACCGUGGUUACACAAUCUAUUCUACAUUUGGCGCCUUCUAUAUACCCCUGUUACUAAUGCUAGUUUUGUACGGUAGGAUAUUUAAAGCUGCUCGAUUCAGAAUUCGAAAAACAGUAAAGAAAGCUGAAAAGAAGGUGGCUGAUACCUGCUUGACUGUUUCACCUACUGCUCUAGAAAAAAAGAGUAAUGGAGAACCAAGCAAGAACUGGAAACGUAGUGUGGAACCCAAGCCCACUAUUUUCACAAAUGGAGCAGUCAAGCAUUGUGAUGAUGGUGCUGCUUUAGAGAUAAUCGAAGUUCAUCACAACAAUUCCAAAAAUCACAUCCCUUUGCCAAACCAUACUAGUAUCCCGAUAACACCUUGCUUUGAGAACAAAAAUGAGAAGUGCACUGAAGCCAAGAGGAAAACGGCUCUGGCAAGAGAAAGAAAAACUGUAAAAACUCUCGGUAUCAUUAUGGGGACUUUCAUUCUCUGCUGGCUACCCUUUUUUAUAGUUGCCCUGGUUUUGCCAUUCUGUGAAGAACAUUGUUACAUGCCAGACUGGUUAUCUAAUGUUAUUAACUGGCUUGGAUAUUCCAAUUCGCUCCUUAACCCAAUAAUAUAUGCUUAUUUCAAUAAAGAUUUUCAAAGUGCGUUUAAGAAAAUAAUUAAAUGCAAGUUCUGCAGACAAUGAAGUUUGGCUAUUAUGUUGAUGAAGAAAUGCAUUGCUUGUUUUAUUUAAUUGGCACAUUCUUUGCUUUUCUGGUGCUGCGAUGCUAGUUUAAGCAAUGACUUGCGACUUGUCAGUCAGUAUCCACUACUGUAAUUUAUAAACAGAUUGCAUUAAACCCUCUGAGAUUUCAUUGAUCAAAAAAGGCUCCUGCAGUGAUUUUCUUUAAACAGUCGAGGAAGACGAUUCACUUUCAGAGCUGAGCGGGUAGGUACACCCUUUCUAGUUCGGCUGUGUACCUUUAAGAGAUAUUAACCCGAAAGAUGGACGUGUGAAUACGCCUAGAUUAACUGACAAAACAUACUUAAUAUCUUUUGCUGGGCCUUGGCUUAAACUUUAUUUUACUGCCAAGAAGUCAGACUGACAGCAUUUCAAGAUGUUCUGGGUUAACAUGGAUAAUAAACUGUUACAGAUCAAAUUAACAGUGAACUGAAUUUUAAUGUACUUAUUCAACAAACACUUUUACAGCAACAACUGAAACGAUCUAAUUAAAAAUAAAUAAAUAUACCAUUACAUAGUACUGCCGAUUUCAAAGCAGUAUGUUUAUACAGCUUGCUGAGUAUUUGGUAUUUUACUGUUAUUUGCAGUGAUAGUAGUUGUUCUACUUUGUGUAGGGCAUCUAUUAACUAAAUCUGUGUCAGAUGGAUCUUAAAAUGAAUGUGAUAUUUUCUGCCUUCAGUAGGAGACGCUCUCCAACUCAUGACUGUGUCCUAAAUGCAACACCAUGUUUAAUUUAUUAAAUUAUCGGCAAGCGCAUUAUAACAUGAGCUGUCAAUAAUGAAACAAACACUGUUGUACAAUGCUGUUGUGCAUAACAUAGUGUGCAGUGGUCACUCGAUUUAUUGAGACAUCCCUUAUCAAACGUAUCUCUUAAAAUUAGUAGGGUACACUGUCACAUUCACACACCUGACAUAAUUAUUCACCUAUGAUGCCCCCCCCCCCAUUUACUGAUGUGUGGGGAAACAACAGAUAAAACCUUUAGUACAUUGAUUGAAUAAAUCAGUUUAGAACUUUUGAUAAAAUAAACAUGGGAAUGCAAGUAAAUUAUGUAUUCAGGGUCUUCAUUUGCAAAUAAGUGUCCUUGUUUAUAUCAUUUAAUUCACUGCAUCAUGCAAGUCAACAGAAUGCAGUUCAGAUUGGAUUAGUGAUCAAAAUGAAAAUGAAUUCAGGGUUAGAUAGUAGCAUUCUUUCAAAUUAUUAGACUUCACAUUAAUUCACUGAACAACUAAUGAUUUAUAGGUAUUGAAAGUAUAUCUGAUGGUUUCUUGCCAUUUCCUAAAGAAUCAUAUCAACUUAUGUCUAGCAGCCUAACUGUUAAAAGCCUGUCAUCAUGUGAUGUAUUAAGCUAUGAUAUGCAACCCAGUCUUUCCUUAAUGCAAAGCAAUACUGAUAAGGUUUAGGUACCAGUUUUCAAGAUCUUACUUUAUAUACCUCAACAGAUGUGGGAACCGUGUCCAGGCUUCACAGAGAUUAUCUCAAUAAACAAAAAUUGACUAUAUGAUCAGAAUUAUAAAUGUUACAUCUUUAUUAAAUUAAUACAUGGAAAAUUGGACUCAUCAACCACACACACACACACACACGCACACACACACACACACACACACACACACACAGACAGGUCUUCUUGGCAUUACUGAGAGAGAUUUUUCCAGAAAUUAUAUUGCAACACUUAUAAUAUUUAAUUGUAUAUUAGUCAUAUAGAAUACAUUUACAGCUUACUGGGUUUAUAUUGUCUUAUCUUCUGAGCAUGGGAAAUGAACUUAUUCAAUAAAUCACUAAUAAUGCAAACACACAUAUAAAGUAUAAUUAAGUGAUUGCCAGUGUAUGUAGGCACAUUGGUAUAAUAUUCAUAUAUAUCAUUAAUUAUAGUGUCAGUGGGUUAUUAGGAGCCAUUUAUACUAGAUAUAUGUCGGUAUUCAAACACAUUCCACUGUUGUUUCUCAUCUUCUGCAUGAACUGAGAGAAUAACUGGAAAAAUGUACGGAAUGGAAAUGAACAUUGUUAGUUUUAAUGGUGUGAUUGUUCAUUUUGGUGCCAUAUAAUUUGUUUAGGAAAAUAGCUCAUAGUUCAAAAUCCAUUAUUAACUUCCAAAGUGCUUAUAAUUAUAGUUCAUAAUAAAUAAUUUAAAAAGAGUGUUAUGUAUUUAAUUGAAAUAAUGUGUUUAAUGUGAAGCAAUGUGCAGUGACUUUUUAUAUAUUUGCACUGAGAUUCCCAUCUAGUAGACAAGUGCAGGGUUAAAGAAGGUAUAAUGGCUUCUGAUGAAUCACAUUUGUAUCAGAGCAUUGCCUUUUGAAAAUGGUGAUUUUACUCAAAGCUGUUAAAGAAAAGAGAAAAGAAAGUUCAGUUAUGUUUGUGUAUACGUAUAUGUGCGAGUGUGUGUGUGUGUGUGUGUGUGUGUGUGUGUAAAAAGUUCAGUUAUGUUUGUGUAUACGUAUAUGUGUGAGUGUGUGUGUGUGCGUAAAAAGUUCAGUUAUGUUUGUGUAUACGUAUAUGUGUGAGUGAGUGUGUGUGCGUGUGUGUGUGUGUGUGUGUGU